GUAAAAAAAAAAGCACGCCUUUGGCAAAACCUAUUCUAGUUUUCUUAACCCUAAAUUUCUUCUUCUUCUUCCUCUUCAUCUGAUUUUUGGUCUCCGAUUGCUGAAAAAAGGCCGUUUGAUUCGGCAUAUAAUCGAAUUUUCGGGCUUAAUUGUUGGAGACAUUUAAAACUUAUAGUUAGAGUUCAAUUUUGAAGGAAAAAUGAAGAAUUGUGAGCGUCUCGCCAAUCUUGCUCUAGCAGGUUUAACAUUGGCACCACUUGUUGUUAAGGUUGAUCCAAACUUAAAUGUCAUCUUGACUGCAUCUCUCGCAGUCUAUGUGGGGUGCUACCGAUCUGUCAAGCCAACCCCACCUGCAGAGACAAUGUCUAAUGAACAUGCUAUGCGAUUUCCUUUUGUUGGGAGUGCGAUGCUAUUGUCAUUAUUCUUACUCUUCAAAUUUCUUUCAAAAGACCUGGUUAAUGCUGUUUUGACAUGCUACUUUUUCGUUCUUGGAAUCGUCGCUCUUUCGGCAACAUUGUUACCCGCUAUUAAAGGCUAUUUGCCUAAUCAUUGGAAUGAUGAUGUUAUCUCCUGGCACUUUCCUUACUUCCGCUCUUUGGAGAUUGAGUUCACCAGAUCUCAGGUUGUCGCCUCAAUUCCUGGAACAUUCUUUUGUGCAUGGUAUGCUUCCCAGAAGCAUUGGCUAGCUAACAAUAUUCUAGGCUUGGCUUUCUGCAUUCAGGGAAUUGAAAUGCUCUCUCUUGGGUCUUUUAAGACUGGUGCAAUCCUUUUGGCUGGACUUUUUGUUUAUGAUAUUUUCUGGGUUUUCUUCACUCCUGUGAUGGUCAGUGUUGCAAAAUCUUUUGAUGCUCCUAUAAAGCUUUUGUUCCCAACAGCUGAUGCACUACGCCCAUAUUCCAUGCUCGGACUUGGUGACAUUGUUAUCCCUGGUAUUUUUGUAGCUCUGGCAUUGAGAUUUGACGUUUCUAGGGGAAAAGGCAGUCAGUAUUUUAAGAGUGCUUUUCUGGGAUACACAUUUGGUUUAGUCCUUACAAUUGUUGUAAUGAACUGGUUUCAAGCUGCACAGCCUGCGCUUCUGUAUAUCGUACCUGCCGUAAUUGGAUUCUUAGCAACUCAUGUUUUAUGGAAUGGUGAAGUCAAACCGUUAAUGGAGUUUGAUGAAUCAAAAACUGCUGCUGCAUCUCAAGAUAGCAGCGAAAGCAACUCUGCGAAAAAGGUGCAGUGAGAAAACUGUUGUUGCGCAUGGGGAAGACAAUUUGUUGUUUCUAUUUAGCCUCUUUAGAUCAAAUCUUGGCUAACUUGUGCAACUUGCACUACAGUGUAACAGAUUUUGGAAUUAAGCAAAAUACAAAAAAAUAAUAUAAUUUAGCUUCUUAUAGCAGGACCA